CCUCCAUUGCUAUGUUGGCCACCUCACCAGCCCUGCCAUCUUCCAGUCUUUGUCCUCACCCAUCCGAUGGCCGCCAUAAACCUGAGCAGCGAAAGGUUGGCCUUGACAAGGAGUAGACCAGAAAUGCCACGAGCAUUGGCACAUGGAGGUCUUGAAAUCCUCUACCAGAGUUGACCUCUUUCGUAUUCUCUAGUGUUCUUAGGCAGCUGCAACAGCAGCACCACCAACCAAACUGCUUCAUCACCCCCACAUGGACACCAGUUGUGCGCAUUACUGCUCCCAAUUCCAUGCCAGUAAUCAUAAAAGAAAGGAAGAGAGAGGGAAGGGGAGCGAGAGAGAGUUCGAAGUCACAAGAAAUCACCAAACAAGGACACCCCAAUGAGUGAUGCACUGAUGGUUGAUGCAUGGGUUGGUCCCCUCCAGCUCAACACGGUGCGGUUUGGAAUGGUGUGAAGAGGUCUGCAAGCAGGGCAAAAGACAGAACAGAAGCUGCACUUUUGUUGUGGUGUGAAACGUCUUCCUUCAUCUCCUGCCAUCUCUGUUUGUUUGGUUGGGAAAUGAAGGGUGGGUUUGCCUUCUCUGGGGAUUAUCUGGGUUUUGGAGCUUGCUGAGGGUGCUAACUUGUUCUACAGUUUGGUUUUUGUGCUCAGGUUGCAGAUUCAUUUACAUUAGAGGUUUUGGUGGGGAUUGGGGAACUUGGGGUUGUUUACCUGGUGGUCCUGGUGGUGAUCUUUUUGUUCUUUUGCUUUUGUGUGAUUAGGUCUGGGUUUUGUGGGUAUGUGGUGAAGAACUGGUGCUUGUUUGGGGCUGUUUGUUCGCUCUUCUAUCUUUUGAAGGUUUGGUGGUGGUUUUGACUGCUUCCAUGUGUGAGAAUGGCCUAAAGUUUGGAUCUUGGAAGGGAUUGUUUGAGGGUUUCAUGGUGGCCUCCGUUCUUUGUGCUUUGAGCUCUUCUGAGUUCUCAGUUUCUUGAGCGAUAGUUAAAUUUGCGACCUUGUGUGUCUUUUUCGGGUGAUGUGUUGGUGGGCUUUUGAUUCUUGAGCACGGUUGUGCCUGGAAACAUUCUGGUAUUCUUGGGGGAUUGAGGUGUGCUCUCGAGUUGGUCUCAGCUUGCAGUUGACGGUUUUUAUUUUGGAUCAGGUUGCAGGGAUUUUGGUACUGAGGUUGAGGUCUAUCUCUGAAGCUGACUGCAGUUUUCUGUGAACAUGUUCCUGUGAGGCAACAGAUUGAUGGAGAAUAGCUUAUGGCCUAAACUUUUGAGCCUACUUGUCGAUUACUGAAGAUCGCGGCGUGUUCAGAGUGUGAUCUCUGGUUAUUGCCAGGUUCUGUUUGGAUUAUUUUUGCUCUGGCCAUUUCAUUUCAGAGUUAGUUCAGAAUGGCCUGCAAGAAGCUGGGAUCAAAAGCUGAUGCCUUUCAACGACGAGGGCAAGCCUGGUUCUGCACUACUGGGCUUCCAAGUGAUAUUAUUGUUGAAGUUAGCGAGAUGUCCUUCCAUCUGCAUAAGUUUCCUCUUCUGUCAAAGAGUGCUCUCUUGGAAAAGCUUAUUGAGGAGAGCUCUGAUGAAGAAGAUGGUUGUGUAGUGAAGUUAUGUGAUAUGCCUGGUGGGGAUAAAGCAUUUGAACUAGUAGCUAAGUUCUGUUACGGUGUUAAGUUCGAACUCGCUGCCUCAAAUGUUGUUUUCCUGCGCUGUGCUGCUGAAUAUCUUCAAAUGACAGAGGAAAUAGCAGAGGGCAAUUUGAUUGCCCAAACAGAGAUCUUUCUUAGCCAAGUUGUUCUUCGUGGCUGGAAAGAUUCGAUAAAAGUGCUCCAAACCUGUGAUAAUCUUCUCCCUCAUGCUGAAAAUCUUCAGAUCAUUAAGCGAUGCAUUGAUUCUUUAGCAGUUAAAGCUUGUACAGAUCCCAAUCUCUUUGGUUGGCCUAUGAUGGAGCAUGGUGCAAUGCAAAGCCCAGGCGGGAGUGUUUUGUGGAACGGAAUAAGUACGGGAGCCAGACCUAGAAACUGCAGUUCUGAUUGGUGGUACGAAGAUGCAUCUUCAUUGAGUCUUCCCUUGUAUAAGAGGUUGAUCUCAGUCAUGGAAUCUCGAGGUAUCAGACAAGAGGUCGUAGCAGGCUCCGUGACAUCUUAUGCCAAAAAGUAUCUGCCUGGUAUUAGUAGGCGUCACAGUCUGGCUCCUGUAGCUCUGACUGCUGCACCAUCUGAAGAAGAACAGAGACAUCUCCUCGAAGAGAUUGUGGGCUUGUUGCCUUUACAAAAGGGUGUUACAUCAACUAAAAUUUUAUUUGGACUUCUUCGUACUGGCAUGAUUCUGCGAGCUAAUCCAACUUGCAUUUCCAACUUGGAGAAAAGGAUAGGACUGCAGCUAGACCAGGCAAAUUUGGAAGAUCUACUUCUGCCAAACUUUUCAUAUUCUAUGGAGACACUCUACAACAUCGACUGUGUUCAACGAAUUCUAGAGCACUUCUUAGCCAUGGAUCAAGCUGCUGAUGGGGCAUCUCCUAAUUUGGUUGAUGAUGAGCAGUUAAUUGGUUCACCUUCUCUUGCACCCAUUACUACUGUUGCCAAGCUAAUUGAUGGGUAUCUAGCAGAAGUUGCACCAGAUAUCAACUUGAAGCUUCCAAAGUUUCAAAAUCUGGCUGGUGCAGUACCUGAUUAUGCACGACCACUGGAUGAUGGACUGUAUCGUGCUAUUGACAUCUAUUUAAAGGCACACCCAUGGCUCAAUGAAGCCGAAAGGGAACAGCUCUGCAGGCUGAUGGACUGCCAGAAACUCUCCCUAGAAGCCUGCACUCAUGCUGCACAAAACGAAAGGCUCCCGUUACGAGUAGUGGUUCAAGUUCUUUUCUUCGAGCAACUUCAACUGAGGACCUCGAUUGCUGGUUGCUUGCUUGUUUCCGAUAACCUUGAUGUCUCACGGCCUCUGAGGAGCGGUCUGGUGGGUUCAGGAGAUGGCGGUGGGUGGGCAAGCACUGUGAGGGAAAACCAAGUCUUGAAGGAGGGAAUGGAUAGCAUGAGGAUGAGGGUGUAUGAGCUCGAAAAGGAGUGCACAAGCAUGAGACAGGAGAUCGAGAAGUUGGGACGAGGGAAGAGCAAGUGGAGUACUGUUUCAAAGAAGUUUGGAUUUAAGCUCAAGUCCCAGAUGUGCAGUGCCCAAGAGGAGUCUGUAAGCGAUCAUCAGCAAACCGGAAGCAACACCAUUGAAAAGUUGCCAGCUAAGCUCACUAAACACAAGCAGCAGCUAUCCACAGAUGCAUGACCAUUUCCCGUGAGGGAUCAAGGUUUGUAACUCUAAUUUUCUGGGGUUUUUUCUUACAUCAGGAAGUUGUGAAUUCAGUCUCUUGGACAAAUGUUAUUUUGAGGUUUGUCCUUCACUUUCUCUUGUGUAUGAAAUAGUACUAAUCUUGUGUUACCUAUAUGUUUCUUACUGGUGACUGCAAUGCUAAAACCGCAAACUCAAAAAAUAUAUAUAUGUUGGAAUUAGUUUUUCUUCU